AUGGUAGCUGCUAUCCGCCGAAGAAAGAUGAUCGGCCAUCGCCGACGGGUGGAAGACGAAGGCGAGGAUGAGGGUGGUCUUGAACAGCUCGACAUUGACGAUGACUCCUUGACAGAUGGGUCUAUGGCUUCCGAGGAUCCCGAUCCGGCCGACGACAGUGAUACUAGUAAUGUCGAUGAGGCUUCACCGACGACGCCUGCUGCUCCGAAGUUGACCAGUCAAGCGGCCAAUGGCAACGGUAAUGUGAAGAGGACGCACACCAAGUCUUCCGGCGGCCACCCAACGAAGGGCUCCAGAAAGACCGGCCCAAACGCUGUAUCAGACACUGAAUUCAUGAUGAGCAACCUAAACAUUUCGGACGAAGCUGCUCCGGUGCAGGUGCUGAAUUUUGAAGAAUCUAUGGAAUCUCAAUCCAAGUCCUCGGCCCCUAUAGUGGUUAGCUCGAAUUCUGCUGUUGCGAAUCCGGAUUCCUCUCAAGACCCAACUACUGAUAAGCGACGAAAGGAGCAUGAUGAGUAUAGGCGCAAACGAGACGAGGAUCCGUGGUUCGUUCCCAACCGAGGCGCCUUCUUUAUGCAUGACCACAGACAUGCCGGCCCUUCUGCCAACGGAUUUCGCCCUUUCGGUAGGGGUCCUCGGGGGAGAGGUCGCGGUGCUAACACGUAUAGUCAUCAAAUCCAUGGUCCGGCAGAUCCAACGACAAAUGGACCUUGGGCACACGAUAUGCACGAGGCAGUCGCACAGCCUAUACAUGCCCGACAACCGCGGCCCUCGUUUACUGACGAUGGUCCACCGAACGGCGAUGGCUAUAUUCCCACUUGCUCUGCCAGCACUACACCAAUCAACCGGACUAUGGCUACAGAUAAGCAUGUUGGCAAUGUGCAGAUCAGAGUCUACUUCCCAGGAAUAAAGGAGCCCGUCAUCUUCCCCGGUAUACAAGUACGACAGUAUACAAAAUUACCAGACCACCGACCACCACUAAGACGCGACAAGCCUGUCCGUAUCUCCCUACCUGAUUUCCCUCCCCGAUAUAUCUUUCCAGCCACCGACAGGUCUUUCAUCUUUAUACCCCGAGCGAUGCGUCCGAACCAACGACUGCGGGGCAAGCCAAGGUCUGGUCUUGGAUCUAUUGGCGGGUUUUCUAGGAGGACGAGCGUGUUUGGGGGGAGUGUGUACGCUGGCAGUGCGUAUACUCCGAGCAUCGCUCUUAGCCGACGAUCUUCGAUUGCCCCUGAUUUGGGGAGAGAUUAUCUGGUAUCCCCGACCGGUUCUACUAUGUCGCGACCGCCAUUACCCUAUGACGCUGCUCGGCCUGUUGUCAGGCUCCCUCCACAAGGUCGACCUGAACAACACAGCUUCCCGCUGUUGAUGGUACACCAGCAGAAGGGGUUGCUGGAGCCGGUGUUCCAGGAGAAUAGACCUGUACCCUAUUAUGCACCAGCCUCGGCCGCAGAAGACUGUCUCGGUAGCCGGCAUCGAGUCACCAGAAAUGCAGCACAAUCCGUCCCAACCAUAUCAGCAGGCCUUCCACCAACAAGUUCCUGUUCAGUGUCGACUAGCCUGGGCCAAGAAUCUCAUGCCCGACAUCCCUCGUACCAGUCUCAACAUUCGACCGGCACACCGCUCUCCCAAAUUCCUGAACGCGCCAUUCAUGCUGCUCCUUUCCAGCCAAACCAGUUCGCCCAGCAGAACUACUACCAGCCAUACCAGAUGAUGCAGCCUCAACAAGGCUAUUACUACCCCCCAGCUACUUAUCCAGGUGCAUUAGCUCAAUCCGCCGCCACCGCACAUUCGUUCCGGGAGCGCAACAACCUCAAUCUCAGGGAAGUCAAUGGCAUGGUCUACUACUAUGAUGCAUCUCAGUUACCCCCUAUGGCUACAUACAACCCCUACCCAACGCCCCAGGGUUAUCCGAUGCCUGGUGGAGUUGUAGGCAUGAACGGUAUGGUUACCCCGAGCCCAGAUGGCUACUACUACCCCCCGUCGGGACCCGGUGUUGUCUACUACCAGCAGUGA